AUGGCUAUGUCAUCUACGAUGUUUUUAGAGGAUGACUAUCAGCUAUUCAUCCGCCAGCAGCCAGAGCGUGCUCGAGUCGCUGGGGUGAAGGAUAAAGAACGCAAGCCAAUUGAUCCACCCCCUAUUAUCCAGCUGCGUGUGAACCCAGAGUGCGAGGCAGGAAACAACUACCUUCAGAGCCCUUACUACUUUAUGUGCUGUUCUCUGUACAAUGCAACCGAGGAUCCUGAGGAAAUGACCCCAGUGGAACCCUCUAAUUCCCUGACUGGCACUUUGGUCUCCUCUCUACACCGUCUCAAAGACGUUACUAACCAAGAGGGCGAAUUCAAACUCAUGUUUGACCUAUUUGAGUUGAAGGGGCCCAAUAGAGACCACGUUGGUCAUAUCAAAUCACUGUGCUCGGAAUCAUUCACAGUGUUACCUCCUAAGAAUUUCCCGGGAAUGGCCGAAUCAACGAUCAUAUCAAAGUCGUUCGCUGACCAGGGAGUAAAGCUCCGAAUCCGCAAAGAGCCACGAACGUUACUGUAUGCCCUUGGAACCUUAGAUAGCUGUCAACCAAGAGACAAUAUGCUCAGAGCGAAGAAUACAGUGCCUCGCCUAUUCCCCAGGAUCGUUCUCCCAAGCGGCAGGCCUUACCCCAUACAGGCCACCCCCAUCAAAGUGUCCCGAUUUAUCCAAACACCCCCGUCCAUGCUGGCCAUGCCGGGCAUCCGGGUCACCCAGGCCAUCUAG